AUGAACCACUGGCUCGAGACGUUGGGAAAAGGCGGCGGUCCGUUGGAGCCGUGGGUGGAAGCUGAUCUUGUCCUAAGCUCAUAUCAGGAGGCGAGCAAGAGGGUCUUGAGGCUAGAGAUCAUUGAGGGACUAUCCUCUAAAGAGAUAGGAUACAGUGGCAUGACCCUAUCGACCCUGGAAGAUCAAAUAAAGUCUCACCGUGUUUUAAUACAAGCUACAAUGAAGUUGUACGUUGUUGCUCAGAACGUGGCUGCUCAUCGCGAAUUUGAUAGGGGCAAAAGGGAUGAGCAGAUGGUGACCAUAGUGAAGCUAAAUAGGACAAUCAGAGAUAAGACGCGAGUUGAGGAGGAGCUAGAACACGGCCUAAACCUGAAGUUGUCCAGCGCACAUAAAGAAUUGGGUGAAGCUAAGCAGCAGAUUGAAGCUUUUUCAUACGAGCUGCGAUCGAGCUAUGAUGAUGCGGUGAAGGACUUCAUCGAGUCGGCUGAGUAUCAGGAUUGGCUCGCUGGUCAAAGGGUUGGGGCAGAGCAAGGUGAAGGGUCGCGCACGAAGGUGGUAGCUCCGAAGACUGACCCAAUUGCUCCAAGUGCACACCCAGUUGUUCAAGAUGUCGGCCCAGUUGGGGAGGUUGGGGUAGUUAUUGAACCUAUUGAGACUAAUGCUAGAUACGCUUAA